AUGGCGUUAGAAUCCUCCUCCAACAAGAAGCCUCUGGGUCCAGGGUCUUUUCCACUUCCUCACCUGUCCUCAGGUACCCGCCUUGCUUUAUCAUAUCCAUCUUGGAUCUGCCACGAGCCAGGCACCCCACUGUACGCAGAUGAGAUGGACCAGAAUAGUCCCCGCCUCCUCAGCUCAACUUUUCAAAAUAAGAGAUUUUUACUACGGGGUUCUCCCAAGCACAAAUGCCGAGAGUUUACCACACCUCGAGGGCGGAGAGCCACCGGGCUUGGUUUCCGAUGCCGCCUGUCAAACUUUCGAGAUGUUGAGAGGUUCGCGAACACUAAUAACGGGACGCCGGUGGCCGGGCGAGGAGGACGGCGCGGGGCAAAGCCGAGGAAAGGAGGGGUGGUUCCCGCGGGCUCCAGCGGCGGCCCAGUUGUGAGGAGGCGGGGAAGCGAGUGUCCGGCCCCAGCCGUGGAGGGCAUGGACGUGGGCCCGGACCCUGGGCUGAUGCAGAAGUUCAGCUGCCUGGGCACCGCCGCCAAGGACGAGCUCAUCUCCAAGUUCCAACGAUUGCUCGGCUUCCAGCUCAACCCGGCCGGCUGUGCCUUCUUCCUGGACAUGACCAACUGGAACCUACAUGGAGAAAUUGGCACCUAUUAUGACUUUGAGAGCCCAAACAUCAGUGUGCCAUCUGUGUCCUUUGUUGAAGAUGUCACCAUAGGCGAACGGGAGUCGAUAUAUCCUUAUGCUCAAUAUAUAAAAACAUGGCGGAUCCAAAAUUCAGAUGUCAUCUGGGUCAUUCUCAGUGUGGAGGUGGGUGGACUUCUAGGAGUAAUGCAGCAGCUGUCAUCUUUUGAAACGGAGUUCCACACACAGCCACAUCGCAAGGUAGAAGGAAACUUCACCCUGUUUGCCUCUCCCCGAAAGAACCGACAGUCAGAUGAAAAAAAAGACCCUGGGGGUUCCGGGUUCGACUCGAUCAGCAAAAACACAUGGGCUCCUGCUCCUGACCAAACCGAGCAAGAUGAGAGUAGACUCUCACAGAACUCUGUAAAUCUGUCCCCCAGCGGUCACGCAAACAACUUAUCAGUAGUGACUUACAGUAAGGGGCUCCAUGGGCCUUACCCCUUCAGUCAGUCUUAA